AUGGCGAAAUGCAACGCAACUAGCAGCUCCACAGAGAAUGUUUCUGGUAACAGUCAGCCCUUCAAAUAUCCAGUACAACUUAUCCAUGCAGAAUUACAGACGAGGAAAGGAGCACUUGAGAGCUCUGCCAAUCAACAAAACCCACCUUCUUCUUCAGGACCCGGUACCUCUCACAAACCUGUUCACCCUGAGCCUUCUCUGGAGGUCAAGCCUCCAGAUGAUAAUCAAAAAGUGGAGUGUCUACAGCCCUCGUAUUUGAAAACGGUGGCACAACAGUUUGGGGUUCAUCUUCAGCCAAGUGACAGAAAAGGGUACGGAAAUGCUGGAUGCACCAAGCCUCCCGCCAAAGCCAGUGGCUCAGGAAAAGAAGAGCCCAAGUCUCUGCAUCCAAAACCUUCAGGGAGCAAGUUCCUUAAACCUGCUCCUCAUGAGAGAGGAAAACAACUUUGGCAAAAAAACUUGAAUUCAAAUUCUGCACCAGAGGACAGCGUGGCAAAACCUGCCGAUUCAGAAGUAGCAAAAGAAGAGUUCGUGUCUGCAGUACAAGAAAAUGAACCCGAGCCUUCCUCCUCUAAAUCACAUCUUGGACAGAGAUCCUCUCUGAAAUGUAAGGUCUCCCGCAACAAAUACACUCCUAAUACAAAGGUUCUGGAAAAAAGUCUGCCAAGCCCUAGACCAAAUAAACACCCAUUUAAAGCAACAAAGGAAAUGGAUGAAAGUAGUGAGUGUGCUGCAGGAGCUGCCGGCAGUCAUUUUUCUAGCAGAGUUCUGAAGCCUACUAGCCACUGGUCCAGCUCACUUCAAGAUGCACCCCAAACUGGGAAGGACCUGAGAGAGAAAGGAGAAACUGAUAAUCUAAAGGGCAUCUUUCCCAAGAAAACCGUCCAGGAAGAGUCAGGUUCUUCUCCUAAGUUGCCUGCGAUGAACACAGUGCCUGCUGCAGGAAAGCCAUCAGGUGGAUCCCAAGAGAAGGAGGACAGGGGCUCAGGAGUCCCCAGGCGGAAAGCCCUGCUCCCACUGUUCAAGCUGGGCCAGCCCCCGGAGAAGCCCAGCAGGCCCCCCAGCGUGGACCUGGCAAAGUUCCGGAAGGCUAUCCAAAAAGACCGCCCUCAGGAUCAACUUGUGAAACAGAGAGCACCUUCCUCAGCAGCACUCUUCCGACCUGUGCCUCCAUCACAGGUGGCUGUGCAGUUGCCACCUCCUCCACGAGCCUCUCACCCACCCACGCAGUACCUGGCAGCUCCCAGCCUGCCUCCUAGAAAGGCCAACCCCAGCUCUGGAACAAUAAGUCGAGACAAUGAAGAAAACUAUGAUGAUGUUGAAUUUCUCUCACAGGGUAAGAUGGGUCAUGGAAACACAGAGGGGGGCCAAGAAAGUGAUGGAGAGAUGUAUGAAGACAUAAAUGACAUCAGAUCGUCGAAGGGAAAAGAGAAGAAGCAGGACAAGGGAGAAAGGAAAAGAAUGGACCAAGAAAAGAAAGAACAGAAGGAGAAAGAAAAGAAAGAUCAGGAAAUAAGGAAGAAGUUCAAACUGACGGGUUCCAUCCAAGUCCUUCAUCAUGCGCGGGCUUGCGCUGACCACAAGGGAGGCAAGAACGAGCUGACUGUCAAACAGGGGGACGAGAUUGAAAUCAUCCGCCUCACAAACAACCCAGAAGGAAAAUGGCUGGGCAGGAUAAAAGGAUGUUAUGGAUACAUUAAAACAACCAUGGUGGAGAUCGAUUAUGAUUCUUUAAGAAAAAAACAACCAUCUGUCAGAGCUGCUGUGAAACAUGCAGACAGUGACCAAGAAGUCUAUGAUGAUGUUGGAGAGCAAAGCAGUAUCAGCAGUCAGAGAGCUGAUCAAAGUGGAGCUGGAAGGAUGUUCCCACCUCCUCCUUCUGACCAAGAAAUGUAUGAUAUGAUUGAUGGUGGAGAUGCUGUAAGUAGGUCUGUAUCACAGGAUGAAGAUAGGAGCAUCUGGUCCUGGGGAAUCUUGAAGAGGCUAAAGGUCAAAGUUGUCAAAAAGAAAAGUGUACGAGAAAAAACAAGCAAAGACAAUGGGGCAGAAGAUAAUGGAGAUUUGUUGAUGUCUCUCACAACAAGGCAGUUCGAAAAAGAUCAUGGAGACGAUGUUUAUGAUGACGUAGAUUCUUCAGACUUCCCCCCUCCACCACCUGAACUCAAUGCACCAAAACCAGCAAGCCUUGAAAAACACACAUCAACAGCAAAAGAGACACAAAAGCGUAAAAACAUAGAAAAAGAAGAGAAAGAGUUCAGAAAAAAGUUCAAAUUUGACGGUGAAAUUAAAGUUCUUUACUCUACCACCACAGUGCAGGACUUGCCCCAGAGAAGACGGGGAUCUAAAGACUUGGACAUUAAACCAGGGGAGUCUCUUGAGAUUAUAGAAAGUACAGAUGAUACUAAGGUCCUGUGCAGGAAUGAAGACGGAAAAU